GUGAGACCUGGCCCCUUCGGUCUGAAGAUCUGAGGCGCCUUCAAAUCUUUGAUAAUCGUUGUCUGCGAAAUAUUGCUGGUAUCGGAUGGCAUGAGCUUGUCCGCAACGAUAAUGUGCAUAGGCGAGUACUAGGUGGGGUUAAUCAUGCUAGCUCCCUAGAUCAACAGAUAGCACUGAAUAAGUUGCGUUGGCUCGGGCCCGUGCUACGUAUGCCUGGUCACCGCUUACCUAGGAGGGCCUUGUUUAGUCUACCAGGUGUAGGGUAACGCAAGGCUCGAGGUGGACAGAAGUUGACUUGGCAGCGGGAAAUGAAGUUACUGACGAUCAAACUGGGUGCCGUUGGUCCGUCUUGCCUUCCGGGCUGGAGUCCACAUGACUCGCCUUGUGCUUGGCUCGAGGCUUCACAGGACAUGCAACGGACACCAAUGGCGCUUUUGCUGCCAUCUCCUAAUCGGAUUGCAUGUUUAAAGUGUGUUUGUUGCUGAGUUAUCUGCGGGGUAAUGGCUGAUUAUGACGCGUGGCAGUGAAAGCCGCAGAGAAGUUGUCUCGCCGAUGCCGCCUUAUCUUUGUACGAUAGCCAGCUGUUUUUGACGGUAUGUUGUCUACACAAGGUGUAGGCGCCUUGACCCUGAGUGUUUGCUUAGGGCAUUAAGGUUUUCAGGUAAGUCCCCCUUCUCUCCCUCUUAUUCUUUAUAGGUCAUCAUGGUUGUAUGGCGGCGAAGCAUCUGUUCAAAUGUCUGAUAUACUGCUGUUGGUGUUGUUGUUCGUUCACUUCUCAUGUACGUCCGAUUCUUGAGUAUGGACUGUCCGUUGUUUAUCCUCUUUCCAACUUUGAACGCAACUUGAUUGCGAAAGUUCAGCGGGGAGGAUCUAAAUCCAUUAUGGAAUUACGAAAACUGCCUUGCUCACACCGUCUUCAGCGCCUGAAAUUGUUAUCCCUAGCCUAUCGUCGAGAUCACGGGGAUUUGAUUUUCACACGACGUAUCGUUAGAGGUGAACUUGGCGCUGAACUACAGAAUUUCUUUCCACUCAGUUCUUUCAGUUCGACUCAGGGUCACCAUUUAAAUUGUUUAAACAAAGGAGACUUCGGGCCCGUUGUGACGUCACUGUCUACCAAAGUAGUGAACGAGUGGAACAAUCUACUUGUGUAUGUCGUUGAUGUUCAGUCGGGGGAAUGUUUCUAAUCUCGAUUCAAUUCUUACCUUUGAUGGUUCCAUUGGUACCGACUUGCAAUGUCCACCUUGAUCCCUGUGACGAACGGGAGGCGAUGGAGCUGACAAAGGAUUUUUCCUUCUGCUCUCUACAUUCCAAUGACCCAAUGAGCUUUGAGCACAAGUACUGCUCAUAGUGGAGUUCCCCAGAGUCCGGUCAUUAGUGGUUUGCUGUUUUUGGUUGAUAAUUGACUUUGCCCCUUUGCUUGAGGACCCCUUUUGCUGAUAAUUAUCCAUGAAUGUUGUGAUUGAGAACACUGUGAGUACUACGCGGUAACUCGAUUUUUUGGCGUGCCAUACUGAUCGAGCUUUUCAGCUGAAAUAACUUAGAAAACGGUGUUUGAAUAAACACUUGAAACGAGAUUUGACCAUUGUUAAAUUUCUUCUGAUCCAAGAUAUCUUGGAUCGAUUAAGGGGAUACUGGUCAACGCGUCUUUGGCGCCUACUGACACCUUCGAAUGAAGCUUCGUCGGUAUCCGUUGUGUUGGAAACAUUUAAACGUACGCAUGUUUUCCGUGGAUACAACACCUAACAUGUAUUUGGUACGUAUACCGAUCUUGAACGCAUUGUUCAUGUUACUUGUACCGCUUUUCCUCUGCAACACCAUAGCUGAUGACUUAAUUGCCCAUCGAACAGCCACCAAUGCUAUCUCUGAUCGGUUAGUUACGCGGUCGGGUCAAAAUAUCGCUAAUCAAACUGGAACCAGACGACCGAAAUCCGGUUUGCUGUCGGUUUCCGGGGCACUCCCUGCUAUCGUGCGAAAUCCUCAGCAGGAUAAUCCCAGUACUUUUGUUAGCCAGAAGGAGUCAUCCCAUCCGCACCCUGAACUGCCUACUUCCGACGAUAUGAUGGAUGAGGAUCAUAUUCGCCAAAUCAGGACUAACUUCAGGUCAUACGAAAAUAUUAAGUCUGAAUUCGCAACGUUGAAUCUCACUAUCAGAAGUGAUUUGGAAAUCAUGGAUAAGUUACUUAACGAAUUGAGACAGGGUCUCGCUAGUGAAGAACGCUAUCUUACCAUAUUCGAGGACUUGUCGUAUUUACUCCAUCAGGUGGAUAACGGGGUGCAUCUUGCUGAAAAUGGCGGACUUCUGCUGCUACAACCCUUUCUGUCCCACGAGAACUCACUCUUACAAAGAGCCUCUUUGUUGUGUCUGAGUGCGGCAAUACAGGGAAACGCUGUGGUAAAGAUUUCUGCCCUACAAUCCGGGUUAUUGGACAAAUUGUGCUCUGUGUUAUCAUUCUCGUCAUCUCCUACAUCUCCGACAAGUGACGAGUCUUUCAAAGUCCUGUCCGCUGGAUUGACAGCUCUUAGUGCACUAUUGCGGGAUUUUCCAUCCGCUCAACAAUAUUUCUUCUCCGAAGGGAGCCACUCCGGGAUGUCCGGUUUUGAUUUUCUUACCAGAUUGUUUGUAUAUGAGCUCUCAGUUCCGCAAUCUAAACAAGUGGUCAAUCUUAGAGUUCGGAUAGUUACGCUGUUGUCAGAUAUCGCUUUGGAGAGAGCGAAUGCGCGGCAGCAAUCUGUGGAUAAACCUAAUGCGAAGUCUCUGAAGUUGUGGGAAUUGUAUUCUAGAAUCCCAUUUGAGCUACUCUUCUUGCAGUCAGGUUGGUGUACGCGCGCAUGUGAAUUUCUUGUGGCCGAGAUGGAAGGGUUGAUCCAAAAAGAUGUGGGAGCACAUAUGAACCACGACCAGCUUCAGAGGGUACUUUUUGCUUUGCUUCAUCUAUCUCCUAUAUGUGGCAAGCAGUUCGCAGCCAAUGUCAGCACUAAUAAACUACUUUUGAUUCUGGAGCGAAAGUAUCUCGACCUGUCUACUUCAAAAGAAAGUGAAUUUGACCUGUUCUUCACUGACUUACACAAACUAUUAACCGACAUUAUUGAGUUGCUUCGGAAAGCGUCUUCUUCCACACGUAAAUUUGAUGAAUUAUGAUGUUUUAUUCCACCUCCAUGUUUAUUAUUGCACAAACUUUACGUAUUUCGCUACUGCCUUCAAAUGCAAAGCGUUUCGGUGCAUUUUAUUCACUGUUAGUUUUUUAACCGACCACCUUUCUGUAGGUUUCAUUGCUACGGCUUUCUGUAAUUUCCACCUUGUGUGGUUCAUCAUCCAAAGUAAAAGACGUAUCCGAAUAUUCCGCAUGAUAUUCGAACCGCGUACCUCUAUUUCAUGAGGAGAGGAGAGAGGUUAUAACACUAUUCUCCCGUGAUAUCAUCGUUCUUUGAACACGGGUAAUAUCAC